GGGAGUACAGGGCAUAGCUUAGCCCAUCGAAUAUUUCGCGCAUUUGAGUCAGUUGGGCGUUGAGCUGACAAAAUCCAUCUGAUGACAUAAGCAAAAUCACACGUGAUCGGGUUUCAUCUUCGUGAUCGAAAGAGGAUUAGAGGAAACGAUUACAGUUUGUUGGCAGACAAAGCAUACCUACAAGCUCCAGGCGAUCGCUUUGAAUGAUGCUCAGUUGAUAUUGAGUUUUGAAGCCCACAUUCUUUUUCUUCAUGAUGAAUACUGCUCACUUGCUCAGUCGGCAAAUCGUACCCUCGUACAGACGGUUCGCAAACAAACCACACGUCAGAAGCCACUUGAAGUUCUAUACAACAGCCCCCUCGUCACAAGGAGCAUGCCUCCGCGAACAAACAACGCAUAUCAACAAGAGAUGGAGCAGGCUGCCCUGGCGACCGAAAAAUAAGCCAAUUGGAAACUGGAGGCAUAGCAGUAAUAUGCCGUCUCCUAACCCGACGCCGCACCUGGGAAGCCCUGAACCUGCGCCUUCAGUUUCACAACGGCUCAAGCAACUGAGCCGCGAAUAUGGGUGGGCUGCCGUAGGGUGGUAUUUCGCAUUGUCUGCUUUAGACUUUCCAUUCUGUUUUUUAGCAGUGCGUGCCCUAGGCACGGAGCGCAUAGGUCAGUGGGAGCACGCAGUGAUUGACUCCAUCAAAGCCAUCAUUGGAAUACCUUUCCCUGGCUUGAUGAAAGACACUGGAGGCGCAUCCAAAGAUGUUGAAGAACAAAAUGAAGCCGAAAAAAGGGAAGGUCAUGUUGUCUCAGGCUCUCACUCGUCGUCCACCGAAGACCUUGAGGCAGAUUCAAAGGCCACUAUCUGGACCCAGCUCGCGCUUGCUUAUGCCAUUCACAAAUCAUUCAUUUUCAUUAGAGUGCCCCUGACUGCUGCAACCCUUCCCAAGGUAGUUAAGGUACUUAGAAGUUGGGGUUGGAACAUUGGCAAGAAGGCAACGAAAGGAAGUUAGCGUUGGAAACAAUGAGCGGAAUCUAGCAAAAUACGGCGAUGUAAAAUUAUGCACAACAUUCUACACUUCGUCUACAGGUAGACCUUACACAUUGGCGUAGGUGGCGUCUCAUCCACUCUAUGUCGACACAAGUGGUCAAAAAGUAUAACAGUAUGCAUUGACAGGUGCUAAUUUAGAAUGGAAGUCGAUGUUGCAUUGUCAGCUCUGAUUCCAUGGCGCAUAGUGCUUGAUUCGCUGAGGGCAAGUUGCCCAAUUUAAACGCGUGUCGUCCAAGCUUAGACAUAGUAGCCAUCACAAAGCUGUUCG